GAGGAGGAGGAGGAGGAGGUGAGAUCUUUGUUUGAAUCCCUCUGCUUCGUUUUCUGAUGAUCAUUAGGAGCUUCGUGCUGUGUCUGAUCUUGAUUCAUCGAGGAAUGUCUGAGAUCUGUUGCCUUGGUUUCUUUUGCCCGGUUGUAGGUGAAAAUUGUUGAACCCUACUGGAGAUAUCUGAAGCUACAAUAAUGGAAAUUGAGGCCCAAAAGAUUCAAAAUGGUCGGAGAAAUGAUUGCCAGAGCUUGAGUGGAAGUCAAUAUCAAUCAGGUCGAUUUCCUAAGGUCUCCAUUGGUAUCACAGUUGAUAAAAGCCAAAAGAUUGGAUCAGAUCAUGCAGGAAAUGAACAUUGGGGUGCAUUACCUUCAUUGAGAAGAACCUCUUUAUCUCAGGAUAAAGUAAUUGAACAAAGGAAUAUAUCUGCAACUAUGGGAAUUGCAGAAGAAAUACAAGUGGAAAAUGAAAAACAGACGUUUGAGUUCCGCCCAAAACUUAUUCCAGCACUGCAGCCAGAGGAAGGUGCACGAAAGAAAUCAGAUGUCGUAUACGAGAAAAGUGAUUCUGGAAACACUAGGAGGGUGGAAGGCACUACGUCUUCUGCAAAACAGAAAAUGCAUGUUGUAGAUGAAAGAGCCACUGAGAAGUCUGAAAAAGUGGGUAGCUGCAAUACUGAAGCUCUGAGAAUGAAGCUCUGGGAGAUUCUGGGUGUUGCUUCUGAGGACAAGCGGAUUUCUAAUUCAUCAAGUCCUGAUGAUUCCUCCAAGCAUUCAAACAUAGAUCCAAAAGAUAAAUCUCAGAUGGCUGAAGCUGCCAAGCACAAGAACUCAGAUACAAUCGAGGAUGACACAGAAAGUCCCGAUCAAACCAAGCAAAGACCUCUCGGUCGUUCUCUGACCAGAAAGAAAGCCGCUACUAGAACAGUUCCCAAAAUGCAGCACGAUGUUAACGGCAGAAGGAAGUUAUUAUCCUCCCCCAGUCCUGUUAUGAAGCUGAAAUUUCAAAAGAAUAUCUUUUCCUUUGAUAAAUGUGAAGGCAGAGCAAGGAGCUCAGAGCGUGCUAUCAAAGGUCAGUCAUCCUCCUCUAACAGAAAGAAAUCUGAACGGAGGAAAGCUGGAUUUGAGCCACAGAAGAAAGUGUUUCCUCAACUAUCACAUCCAGAGGAGCCUUCGCAGACCAAUGAUAAGCAACAAAUGGUCAAGGCAGCUUCUAGAGCAACAUCAGGGAGUAAGAAUGCAGGAGACCCUCCUUGUCGUCCUUGUCAAUCAAAGGACUCCUCACGAACAUAUGAAACUAGAAAAUCAACCCAAACCUUACAAAAGUCAAAUAAAGUUCUAAAGGACAAUCAGGCUUCACAUGCAGACACUAGAGAAAAUGUCAAUAGUAAAGAGAUUCAUGAAAAUGCUGAUAAUAUGUCUCUGAAAACAAAAACAUGCCCAUUUAAAGGCUUGAAUAGUCCGUCUGUAGCGAGGGAUCAAAAUUCGCAUACGAAGCCAACAAGUCCACCACGGACGAGGAAUACAGACCGAGUGGAUGAUUUUCAAAGUCCUAUGUCUCCAAAAGCGAAGACGAGUUCACUUGAAGGUUUGAAGAUUCCAUCGGUGCCAAGGAAUGAUAACUCACAGAUGAUGCCAACGAGUCCAUCACCAUGGAUGAUGAAUGCAGACCCAGUGGAUGAUCUUCAAAGUCCAACCCUUGCCAUGGAUGGGACACCACCAUUAUCAACAAGUAAAACACCAGAUAAUGAACCAUUUAAUUCAGGUCAAGCUCGGCCACAAAUUUUUGGGAGGAGACUAUUUAGUUCAAGAAGUUCAGAUGACUCCAGACAGUCCGGCAGAUCAGACAUGCAUACAGAAUCCUCUGAUAACAGUGGAGAAACUGUUGGGCAUGCUGCAGAAGAGAAGGAAACGGAGAGACAGUUCUCUGUAUCUCCAACAGAACAGCGGGACGGUUGGAGCUUUGAAGCAAGCGUAGCAGCCAAUAAAGGUUUCAAACAUAUGGAUGGAAGUUCUGGGAGUGCUAGUGGCACCAAGAAAUAUCCAUUUUCCCUCCGUCGCUCAAAAAGGUUUUAUAGCCUUGAAGACUUAACGAUUGGCAAAAUUGAACCGUCCUCACCAGCUCCAAGUGCACCUUCCAGAACAAAUGAAACCACAGUAGGCAUUAAAGCUUCGGAUUUAUAUCCAGAAGACAGCCUCGCAAGGGAAACUAUCCAGUUGGCAUUGGUCUUAGAAAAAUUUAAGGCUAAGAUAAAAUCUCACACAAGCAAGAAAAGUUCCCAAAUACUUAUGUCUGCUGCUGACAAAUUGUUUGUAAAGCUGCAGGACGUCGAGUCUGAGAUACAGACAGAUUUAGUGAAAUUUGCUGGUGUCACCAAACUCAAGAGGAAACAUUUAGAGGCCAGAUAUAAAGAGCAACAGGAUCAGCUGAGGAUCGUGCAUGAUAAGUUCAAAGAGGAUGUCAAUCAGCACCUCCUGGACUACAAGAAUACCAUCGGGGAGUUCAAAGCUGAUCAAAUGGAGCUUAAAACGAGCUUGGAGAGACAAAAAGCAUCACACAAAAAGCUUCUUCUGCAAGUUGAAGAUCAAAUGAAGGUUCAACUACAUGAUGCUGAAACAAGCAUUUUAGAAGUCCACAAGGAAGCAAGGAAAAAGAUGAAAGACUUAAAACACGUUCUGAGAGAGUUUGUUCAGGAAGGCAUCUUCAGUUGAUUAUCAUGGCAAGCAAAGAUGAUCUUUUAAGGAUGAUAAUUGACAGUUGUGAAUGCAAAGGAAGGCGGGUAAUGCUUCUCGAAACCAAGUAAUAUAAUAGUCUUAACUACAAUUCAUGAGCAUAACAUGAGGAUUACUAACCG